AUGAGAACACCAAGGUUCCCUUCAGCAUGGAAAAUCCUUGCUGCUGCAAUGUUCCUGCUAGUCCUCACUUCUCGAUCGACAUGGAUCGUAUGGCUUCCAAGCAGUCCAUCUUCAACUGGCUCCCAAAACAUUGCCACCACUAACAACAUCAGUACUACUGUCAAGAUCAUCCCAACCAAAGGACAUGGAUUACCUCCAGUUCUAGCCUUCUGGAUAUUUGGUAGCACUGGAGACUCGAAGAGGAUGUCGAGGCAGCUGAAUUCGAUCUACCAUCCCAGGAACCAGUACCUCAUGGAACUUGAUGCAGAGUCCUCUGAUGGGGAGCUUGCUGAUUUGGCAAUGUGGGUUGAAUCCCAAUCUGUAUUCGGAACCUUUGGCAACGUCAAUGUCGUUGGCAAGAAGAGCUUUAGUGUUAGCCAGAUGGGUGCCUCGGCUCUUGCUGCAAUGCUCCAUGCUGCUGCUGUGCUGAUGAGGUUGAGCCCACAUUGGGAUUGGUUUGUCAAUUUGAGCCCUGAUGACUACCCACUUGUCACUCCUGAUGACUUGCUGCACGCCCUCAGCUCCUUGCCAAGAGAUCUCAAUUUCGUCCAUUACACGAAUUCUACUGACUGGAAAGAGAAAGACAAGAAGAACCAAAUAGUGGUGGAUCCAAGCUUACAUCUGCAAAAGGGCAGCUACCUUUACUAUGCUGUAGAGCAACGAGACGCGCCUGAUGCUUUCCAGAUAUAUGGAGGUUCACCUAGGGUGAUUCUGACAAGGAACUUCCUGGAGUAUUGUGUGCAAGGUUGGGACAAUCUCCCUAGGAAACUGCUCAUGUUCUUCACCAACACAGCCUACCCACUAGAGUCCUACUUCCACACAGUCCUCUGCAACUCCCCUGACUUCCAAAACGCGACAGUUUUGGACUCCGAUUUGAGGUACAACAUCAUCGUCGAUGGGAGUGAUCUGCAGUACACGGACAUGUUGGACAGUGGAGCAGUGUUUGUCCGAGGAUUCAGAGGUGGAGAUAGAGAGGACCAGGUGAUUCGAGACAAGGUUGAUGAUGCUGUCUUCAAGGGGCGAAGGUCGUGGCAAUGGUGCCUGUCAGAAGGUGGAGGGAGUACAAAGGGUGAUGAUGCUGAUAUGUGUUCAUCAAGUUGGGGGAACAGAAGCAGCAGCAGUAGCAGUAGUAUCGUUGAUGUUGUGAAGGCAGGGGCUUAUGGGGUAAAGCUUCAGCUUUUGUUGUCCAAACUUGUUUCACAAGGCAGAAAUACUACUAUGAGUUACUGCAGUCUAUCAUCAUCAGAUGCUUCUUAAUAAUCAUUGUGUUUGGUUACUUCAAUCUGAAUUAUGUUCAAGUGGUUCAGGUAACUUGAGAUUAGAAUGAUGGUUAAUCCUCCUAAAUCAUCUUCCAUCUUGUUUCCCGCAAAUUUAAUUAACUAUUAAUU